AUGACACCAGAGCGCCUUGUGAAGAUGCAGGCUCUGCCCGUUGGACUGCUCCUCUUCAGUGUGACCUGGGCAGCACCCGUAAGUCAUAGGAACAGGGACAAAUGUGGCGACAAAGGCAGCAUCCACGGGGCGUCCGUGUACCCUGAGCCCAUGGAGGGUAAAGGAACAGAGGAAGGAGACACCCUCCUUAACCUGCCUGCCCAGGAAAGGUACAGCGCUGCCCUCAAGGCAAGUAUCACGCAGGCUGUAAAGAGACCAGACACGGGGACGAAACUACGGAGGGACAGGAACGAAGAGAAGAAACCUAAGAGUGUUCUAAACGUGAUUCCAGCAGACGCCAUCAACGAUGCUAAAAACGGCUUAAAGGGUGCAGAGAAUCAGCGGAAAUAUCUACCCUCCUCAAACAGCUCAGCAAAGAGCGAAGGUACCCAUCGGACCCGACGAAGCGCUCACUACCCAAAGCAUCUCCUCCAAACCAGAGAGAGCCCCAGCAACUUUGAGGGUAGCGGUUCCCCAGAUUCUCAAGCGAGGGGGGAUAACGACAUCCCUCCUUUCAGUGGAGACGGGCAGCAUGCUAUACGCAUUCCCAGCAAAGGAGGCGCUAUUGGGCCAGGUCCAGAAAGCUCAGCUAGUCGUCACGUGGGGCUCUCAGGCUCCGGCAAAGCUGAGAUUGUUAACCCACACAGUAACACAUUGGGUUCUAACGAGAUCCCAGGAAGAGAAGGUCACGGCGGCAAUGCCGCUGCACCCAGAGACAAAACUGCGCAAGCGGCGGGCGCUGCUGGUGUGAGCCUUGUGGAGGGCAGCAAUGAAAUCACGGGCAGCACAAAUUUUAGGGAGCUCCCUGGAAAAGAAGGAAAUAGAAUUGAUGCGGGCAGCCAAAAUGCGCAUCAAGGGAAAGUAGAAUUCCACUACCCGAGAGUGCCCUCGAAAGAGAAGGUGAAAGGGGGCGGCAGUCACAACGACAUCCCCAAGAGUGGCAGAGGCAGUUCUAGGAAAGACGGAGAAGAACCCAAAAGGAACCAAGUAGAAAACCAAAGAUUUCCAGUUCCUUCCCAGGGUCUUGGUAAAGAGGUUAAAAGUGAAGGAGACCCCUCGAAGGUUUCCCACAGUGAGAGGAUUCUAACAGCACAUAGCAGAGAGAACCGUUAUGUACUUCAUGGACCAAAUAACUCCACACGGAAUAAAGGGAUGUCACAGUGGAGAGGCUCCCGGCCUUCGCGGAGGCCCCAUUUCCACAGGCGCUUUAGCACCCGCCAGGGAGACAGCAGCGAGUCAUCCAGUGACAGUUCCAGUGAGAGUGAGGGUGACUAG